UUAGCUUAACCCACACGGCCUGUACUUUCCCACCGAGCCUGUAGUCUCUACACGCUGCUCCACUCCGCUCCGCUCCACUCCGCUCUGCUCCACUCUCACCACGGGCUAAUAGGAGACAUCUUGUUCCAUUGGUUAACACAGGGACAUUACCACCACAUUCCAGAAGAAGCAGAAGAACUGCAAUUAAAUAUAUUUUUCACUUUUCGGAUUUUCCAUUGAAGUGAACUACACGGCUGUGGUUUGUGAUUGGUUUUUCGUAGUAUUCGGAAAGGAAGAAGAAACAGGCCAUUUCAGAACUAAUGAGCGUCUCCCAGUCGCGUCGAUGGCGUGGCGAGCCCUGUCCUUGUUCCAGCCAGGGUAGGAGGGUGGUGUGUCCUCCUCUAGCGUCUGUCUCCCCCCACCAUGCUGAAAAAGACUCCUCCGAACCAUGAGUCCUGUGGGCCAGGUUUCUCUGCAGCCCACCUGGAACGCAGCCCUGCUCACCCUGCUAGCCCUCACCAUGGUGCCAGCUCUCAGUUUGUACCAGCCUGUCGGCCUGGGUGCUCCCUCUAACCCCCAGAACUGCCCGGCGGUGUGCUCCUGCACCAACCAGCUUGCUAAGGUGGUGUGUACGCGCCGUGGCCUGGUCAGGGUGCCCCCCGGGAUCCCCACCAACACCAGGUACCUCAACCUGAUGGAAAACAGCAUCGAGACCAUCCAAGCUGACACCUUCAGACACCUACACCAUCUUGAGGUGCUGCAGCUGGGCAGGAACGCCAUCAGGCAGAUUGAGGUGGGGGCCUUCAAUGGCCUGACCAGCCUCAACACCCUGGAGCUGUUUGACAACAGACUGACGGGGAUCCCCAGCGGGGCCUUUGAGUACCUGUCCAAGCUGAGGGAGCUGUGGCUGAGGAACAACCCCAUCGAGAGCAUCCCGUCCUAUGCUUUCAACAGGGUGCCCUCUCUGAUGAGGCUGGACCUGGGCGAGCUCAGGAGGCUGGAUUACAUCUCUGACGGGGCAUUUGAGGGCCUGCAGAACCUCAAGUACCUGAAUCUGGGGAUGUGUAACCUUAUGGAGAUGCCUGUCCUGUCACCCCUGACAGGCCUGGAGGAGCUGGAGAUGUCUGAGAACACUUUCCCUGAGAUGAAGCCUGGCUCGUUCCGUGGCCUGUGCUCCCUACAGAAACUCUGGAUUAUGAACUCUGGGAUCACCGUGAUUGAGAGGAACGCUUUCGAUGACAUUACGGCACUGGUGGAGCUGAAUCUAGCCCAUAAUAACCUGUCGUCUCUCCCCCAUGACCUCUUUGCCCCGCUGCAGUACCUGGUGGAACUUCAUCUCCACCACAACCCCUGGAGGUGUGACUGUGACGUGGUCUGGCUGUCCUGGUGGCUCAGGGAGUACAUCCCCACUAACUCCACCUGCUGCGGCCGCUGCCACUCCCCUGCCCACAUGAGAGGACGAUACCUGGUGGAGGUGGACCAGACCACAUUCCAGUGCUCUGCUCCCUUCAUCCUGGAUGCUCCCAGGGACCUCAACAUCUCUGCAGAGAGAGUGGCUGAACUCAAGUGUCGUACAGCCUCCAUGUCAUCGGUCCGAUGGCUGCUUCCUAAUGGGACCGUUCUGACCCAUGGCUCGGCUCACCCUCGGAUUUCUGUCCUUAACGACGGAACACUCAACUUCUCCAACGUUCUGCCAUCGGACACAGGCGUCUACACCUGCAUGGUGACUAACAUGGCGGGAAACUCCAAUGCCUCGGCCUACCUGAAUGUCAGCAACGCCGAACUCAACACCUCCAACCUGUCCUAUUUCACUACACUGACCGUGGAGGUGCUGGAGCCCACCGUAGAGGAGAUCCCCAAACCCAAACCCACCAUCCCAGCCUCACCCUCCGUGUUCCAGCCCGUCUUCAUCUCCACACCCACUGUGUUGCUCCAGAACACCCAGACUCCCCGCCAGAUAUCUCUCCCCACGGCCCGUGGCCCCAUCCACCCUCCCCCCAGCCUGGAUGAGGUCAUGAAGACAACCAAGAUCAUCAUUGGCUGCUUCGUUGCGGUGACACUCCUGGCUGCUGCCAUGUUGAUUGCCUUCUACAAGCUGCGUAAGCGGCACCAGCAGCGGAGCACGGUGGCAGCGGCGCGGACCAUCGAGAUCAUCCAGAUGGACGAGGAACUUCCCCAGGUUCCAUCGGCCAGAUCAGGUUCUAGCGGGUCUGAGGAGACUGGGCUGGCUCUGCCCAUGUUACUGGAACACAACAGCACCGUCUUCAAUAAGGAAUACAUCUCGUCGUCCUCAUCGUCCUCCCACAGAGACAGGGACAGACACAGAGACAGGGACAGGGACAGAGCUGCCUACGGGGCUCACUGGACCCAUAACAACCUGGGAAACUCCCUGCAUCGCUCCUCCAGCCGCCAGUAUUAUCAGCAGCACCACAGCCUCAUCAGCACCAUCGCAGAGCCGUACGUCAUUAAGCCAACUCACACCAAGGAGAAGGUCCAAGAGACCCAGAUCUAGGGGACUCAUGCUGGCCUUACUGUGGAUCUAGCUGUGUGGAUCUAACUCAGUGGAUUUCUAUAUGUAUCUGACUUUACCCCUUCCUCUUCUCCUUUUCUCUCUGCUCACCAGUCCAUGCAAUAGAAUGCACAAAGAAGACAGUAACUUUAUUUUGUACAGAGUGCAAAAUAGAGACAGUUUUUUCUCUCUUGUACAUGCUUAUACAUAAAUAUAGAAAUAUAAAAAAUAUAAAAUAAAUAUACUAUGAGGACGGUGGUGGAAGAUUAUAUUUAAAAAAAUAAAGUACAAUUUAAACUAUUUUCUAAUAACUUGUAACUUGCUAUUUAAAAAUGAGAGAUGUUGAGAUGCAGUGGGGGUAGCCUAUAUGAUGAUUGAUUGAGGGAGCUGUCUUGAGGAAGACUGUUCUGUUUGUUAUUUUGACCAUUUAGAAUGCAGUAAAACCCCUUUAUACCCACACCAGUUUAUAGAACAACAAGCCCUAACAUCAGAUCAGUCUCCACAGGUUAAGCUUGUUAAAGCACCAAUUCGUACUGUGCCAAACGUUGCAAUAAAAGACUGGAAGAUUAAGAAAACCAACAGCCACAACCAAGCAAAAUCUUGACAGAGAGUCAUUUGUCGAGGGAGAGCUGUGGAGAGAAGAGUGUAGAUUUUGCUGUUCAGUCGCUAUCAGCCAAAUGUUUUCAGACUGCAGUGGAUUUCUGCAGCUAAGGUUUAACCCUUUGUUUAUCGGAGCGAAGCUACACGUCUUUCUAAAAGCAUCUAUUUUUUAUGUUACUGAAUCUAAACCCAUUUAGUAUGAUUGCAUUUGAUUUAUCCCAGGUCCCCUUGGCUAAGAUGAAGGACAGGCUAUUUUGAAUGGUGAUUUGGUGUGAUUACUUCAUGCAGAUUUCAAUUGCAUAAUGCAUUAUGUUUUAUAUUUAUUUUCCUUUCCUUGGGUUGCGCCAUGCUUCUUAAUAGCAUUUGUAGUGUUUUGGGUUAAUGUAGUGAUGCAUUAAAGCAGUUAUUUGCCUGCUCUCUGUAAGAGCUCUUCUAUUGGUAAUCCCUCACUGAUACCGACAUGUGGUGCAGAACGACUGGGGUUUGCUGACCGAUCUGCUUUUGAAAGAAAAAAAGGAGUGGUGUUGAAAUGAAAUGAAUGUCUGGACAUUGGGCUUGUUUCUCUGUGGACGUAAUUGAAACAGUGAAAUCGUUUUUUUUAUUUUCCUUACUGUAGGUAUUAUUUCGAGCAUUAUGGGGAGGCUAUAAGGAUGCAAAAAUAAAUAAAACCUUUGGUUUGUAUUUCUCUACUCGGA